AUGAACAUACUCACAUUUAUGUUCUCCCUAUCACUGGUCCUAAGUGCCAUCCUAACCGCACUAAACUUCUGACUCGCCCAAAUGACCCCCGACUCAGAAAAACUCUCACCAUACGAAUGCGGAUUCGACCCCCUCGGGUCUGCACGCCUACCAUUCUCAAUCCGAUUCUUCCUCGUAGCCAUCCUGUUCCUCCUGUUCGACCUAGAAAUCGCCCUCCUACUCCCCCUACCCUGGGCAAUCCAACUACAGUCGCCCCUAAUAACCCUCGCCUGAACCGCAGCUAUUCUAUCUCUCCUAACGCUAGGGCUAGCCUACGAAUGAGCUCAGGGGGGCCUAGAAUGAGCAGAAUAA